GAAACUUCCUUAAACAAUUUCAUUCUCUUUCGAAUCUCUGAAAUAGAUCCGAUUUUCUUUAUAGAAUCCCCCACCUCUCUCUGUCGAACAAUGGUGGACACAUGCGGGCGGUCGACUGUAGAUUGCGAAAAUGGAACUGAGGACGAACUUGGGGUUAUUUUAGAAUCGCCGCUACCGGAUUCUCAACUCGCGCGGGUUCAACUCCGGCAACGCUGGGAGUUGGCUUCCAUUCUCAACUUUCUCAACGUUUUUGAACCAGUUCUUGGUAUCAAAUAUAAAAUUUCAGCUGAAGAAAUUGAGAUGGCCCUUAUUGUGCCGAAUGAGUCUCUUUCUCAGCUUCAUGUUGCACUUCUGAAGGGAAUACCCCCAGCGAGCAAAAUACUGAAUAAUUCUUAUGGUUGGGUGACUGUACUAUGUAAAAAACUCAAAGUUUGGUGGCCAUGGGUUGCUGAAGGCGAAUGCCCUCUGAAUCCAGCCAAAGGAGAGGAAAUACACACUUACAAGGCAGCUGAUCCAAUAGUCCGUCUACUUCUUUUAAAAGCACUUUGUGAAAUUCGAGCCGAUCAAGAUGAUAUUUUGGCACAUGUUAAUGAUUCAUUAAAAAAUGGAACUGCUCUAUCUACAUUUCGGAAGGAUAAGUUCGGAGGAGAUGGAUGUGGAAUCUCAUACUGGUAUGAUGGGAAUGAAACUAUUGGUCAUAGAUUGUAUAAGGAGAUUCUCAAAGUUGAGUGUAAACCAAAAGUUAAGGGGAUGGGCAACAUGCUUGGAGUCAAUUUUCAAUGGGAGACACUUGCAACUAAUCUUGAAGAAUUCCGUGCCUUUGCGGUCUCAUUCGGUGAAGCUAAAUGGGAAUCUUCGGUGUGCAAGGCUGUUCAAGCUGACAUCAUUCCUUCACUUGAGAAAAUACAGAAGAAAAAAGAAAGGGUUCUGAAACGACAACGGAGGCAAGAUAUGAUUCCAAAUGGUUUUGUAAAGUCAGCUUUUACUCGUUCCUGUCGAAAUCGUGGACCUGUCAAUUAUAGAUUUGAUGAUUAUGAUAAAGCUAUUAGGGAAGCCAUACAAGUAACGAACAAUAAAAAGACCGCCAAAGAGCAACGCUAUGGAAAGCGAUAUAGUGAGCAUAAUACUAUCAAUGGUUCUGUGAAUGAGAUAGCAUCAGCAUCUUGUUCAAGUGAAGAUGAACCAGCGAAAAGUGACACCGAGAAAGACCAGGAUCAGGGAAGUGAUUUUGCUGACUGCACCAGUGACGAGCAUGAUGGGGAAAAGGUUGCCAAUCCUAGAAAAGACGCCAAUAUUGCUAAACACUUGAAGGGAGAUAACAAUUCAACAUUACAUUCCCAGGCACAGGAAAGUAUGUUGGACUUGGACCACAGGGAUAAGGAUCCUCACUGCAAUAGACUGGCUGAAAAUGAAGGAUAUACUACUAACUGUAGAGCUAGUCUUAGCACAAAGGAUAGGUUGAUGGAGAGCACCAUCCUUACUGCUACUGAGGAUGAGGUAGUUCCUGAUUCAGAAGAUGAAAUGCUGCUGAAUCUCUGAUUGUUUUUGAACAUUAUAUAUAUAUAUAUAUAUAUAUAUAUACAUACUAUUUCCAAAUCAUAAGAGGGAAAUGACUUCAUCAAUGGCAUAGCCAUAUUAAGAUAUUUGUGAGGCCAUUCAAGUCAAGGUUGUUUUUUUUGUACGAGCUCUAAUGGCCUGAUGUUUUUGUACAUGAAAUUGCACAUUUGGUGGGAAAAGGUCAUCGAAGUCUUCUUUUUGUGCUUACUAAAUAUGCAUCUUCCUU